AUCUCCUUCCGCCAUUUUAAAAUCUGUCUUAGCACGAGAGUACACGGUCGUAGUCGUCGUGCGACAUAUACAGAUAGGGAAAACGAAUACAUUUACGUACUUUAUCACCUUGGAUCAAAUAUAUUCUAUUUUUUCGAGUUUAAUCAAUUACGUUUUUCGAGAGAAGCAAGAUGCCGAGCCACCCGCUUCGCGUAGCGGUGGUGUGCUCGAGCAACCAGAACCGCAGCAUGGAAGCUCACAACAUACUCAGCAAGCGUGGGUUUGACGUGCGGUCAUUUGGGACGGGAUCACACGUGAAAUUGCCAGGCCCAGCACCGGACAAGCCCAACGUGUAUGACUUCAAAAUCACUUACGAACAGAUGUACAACGAUUUGGUCCGCAAGGACAAAGAACUAUACACACAGAACGGAAUCCUCCACAUGCUGGAUCGCAACAAGCGCAUCAAGGCACGGCCGGAGCGAUUCCAGAGCUGCAAGGACCAGUUUUGCCUGGUCAUCACCUGUGAAGAGAGGGUCUACGACCAGGUGCUGGAGGAACUGAGCUCCCGUGAGCAGGAGUCUUUCCAGCCGGUGCACGUGAUAAAUGUGGACAUUCAGGACAACCACGAGGAGGCCACUCUCGGAGCCUUCUUGAUCUGUGAGCUCUGCCAGUGUAUCCAGCACACUGACGACAUGGAGAACGAGAUGGACGAGCUGCUGCAGGAGUUUGAGGAGAAGAGCGGCCGGCCCUUCCUCCACACCGUCUGCUUCUACUGAGCAGCUGGCUGCUCAAUGUGCUGUGCCGUGAUGUCACAGCACUUGUCUACCCCAAAGUCACACAUUCAUUCGCACAAUAUACACAUUCAUGCCGUGGAGGUGGUGGUGGGAUACCCACAAUGCAACAUCAUGCCCCCCUUGCCUUUCUCUCAUGACCUCCCACCCCUCCAAGUACAUAGGAAGGACACUGCCUCCCAUCCCCCAAUACUCCAGGGAGGCAGGGACAGUUGAUCGGUUAUGGUGCAUUUACCUAUGUCACUAUAGCAGGGAGGUGGCGUAAAGCGUUUUGUUUACGUGGUGAGAGUUGGGCUUUGUGCAGAGGUAGAGAGGUGUAAACCACCCACCCAACCACCCAUCAUUUGCACAGCCUUGUAGGGAUGCAAGUUUAGGGUGCAAUAUCCCCCUCCCCGUCACUGCUCAGUGAUGCUUGGUGUGUGGGGGCUACUAACAUUGGUGAACCCACUCACAUCCCAAGUCCUUUCUACUUUCGCUAUAUCAAUUAACAAGGUUACGGGUCACCCCAUUGUAAUCUAAGACCUCUGCCCCCUGCAGCACUCCGUCACCCUCUCUGACAUGGAUAAGACCUUGGCAGAAGCACCCCCCCUCUCUUUCUUUCUCUCUUUCUUUCUUUCUUUCUCUCCCAGUGCUCCACUACUUCUGUUUCCCCUUCUGAUGACAGAUAGGUCUACUGUAAGUACUUUAAGUGUAAUAAUCAUUUUUAAUUUUCCCUUUUUUUUUUUUUUGGUUUUGCUUAUGUCAAAUACGUGUGAUGCCCUGGGAUGUGCAAAAUGAACAGAAGUUUGAUUUCUAUUUUGUGUGUGCGUGUAUGAGAGGAGAGCCUUAGAUGACGACGUGUAGUGUUGUGAUGUGAGUGUGCUUACUUCUCGAGUGUUUAAGCAAAAAGGGUUUGAUGUUGAGCUAACUGAUGGAAGGCAGAGAGUUAAUGAUGGCAUCUUUAUAAUUCAAUUGCAUUGUUUUGAUACAUAUUUUAAACCUCAGAUUUGUUAUCUGCUCAGGGGGGAAAUAGUUUUUUUUUCUUUUUUGUACAUUAAGCAAGACUACAAAAUAUUGAAUUAAUUGCAAACUGAGAGCUCAGUCCAGAGUGCCUGAAAAUCUUUGUGUAAAUAAUAUGAAUCUGCUAAAGGAAUAAAUGUCUAGCAAAAAAUCAA